AACUAUAUAUGUUAAUGUGAGUUGAAAUAAUUAGUGUCGUCAGGAUAGCUGGCUAAUUGUGGCUGGAGCCUUGGCGCUGAACACAAAAUAUAGCCCGAAUUAAUUUAUCCAGACAAUUAAAGUAAAUUCUUGAGUCUUUAUUACUCUCAUUCUAAUAAUAACAACCUGAACGUUUUAAUGUGGUUCUCUAAGACGGACCAGCGUAUAAGGCCACGUUAAAUGUACAGUAAGCGCCACCUGUAUGGAAAAAUUGUAGUCAGCCGAGUCGCGUCGCAUAAUGAUGACGUUACAGAAAACUGCGUGUUCCCCGGCAGAGUCGCAGAUAGAAUUCACGGGAGGCCCCUCUGUCUCCUGCAUGGCUCGGAUGAAGCUCACGCUUUUGGGUGUGUUCUAGCCCUAAGAACCGUUUUAUACAGCUCUUGGUCUGCAAAUAUAAGUAUUAAACAGCAAAUGUGUGUUUUUAUUUAAAUAAUGUAAUUGUGAACUGGAGAGUCCUCUUCUGAAAUACGGUGUUUGUAUUCGUGCGGAUGGAAAUGCCUCUGGCUCGUCUCUGCGGGACUCUUGGCCGAGUGUGCGGUGCCUGUACGCGGCAGAGGAAGUGCCAGGUACCGUGUGUGCGAACAUGGAGUUUGAGGACCUUGAGUACAGGGGAUAAGGAUCACGGUGGAAAUGGGACUUCCAAGGAGACUUCAGAAUCCCCGUUCACAGGUCCGCAGCAUCCGCCCGGAGGACACGCGCCAGUGAGACUGGGCUCCAAGCGGCGUCCCCUGUCUCCCCUCGAGAGAAUUAGCCGUCUUCUACCACAGGAAGCCUUGAGCCAGGAGGUGUGGGAUUUGAGAGACGCCACAGCUAAGGGUCUGGAGAAUGGUCAGGAGGAGAGGAGAAGUCUGAAAUCACCACCGCCAAUAGAGCAGGGAUAUGUUGAAGGUGGACCUUCUCCGACUGUUUCCGGGGAGAAGCCCCUUGGUGUCGGUGAGCUAGUUUUGGCUGAGUACCAUGGGAGGUUCAGGCAGGAGUUCCGGAAGAUGUUCCAGCUCCAGGAGAAGGGGUGCCUGCAGAGCCCGUGGGGGUUUCUUACCCACAGGGCUAUCAUGGGGCAUAUUUCCGGCACUGUCAUGCGAUUUUCUGGUGGAGCCCCUGUCCUCGUGAGACGCCCUAGCCUCGAGGAGUACGUCCUUUUGAUGAGGAGAGCGCCUACCAUUGCCUACCCUAAGGAUGCCAGUGCCAUUCUGAUGAUGAUGGAUGUCACUGAGGGGGACAGUGUGCUGGAGUCGGGGUCUGGCUCAGGGGCCAUGGCCCUCUUCCUGUCUCGAGCAGUGGGCUCCAAGGGGACCGUGCUCAGCGUGGAGCUCAGGAAGGAUCACCAACUACGGGCUGUGCGCAACUACCAGAAUUGGCGCAAAGCGUGGAGCCUGCACCGCGGGGAGGAGUGGCCUGACAAUGUCCAUUUCCACAAUGCUGAUCUGCGGGCUGCAACAACCCUUCUCUCGGGACGGAGCUUCAACUCUGUUGCUCUGGACAUGUUGAACCCACAGCUCGUGUUGCCCACAGUGUUUCCACACCUGCACACUGGGGGUGUGUGCACUGUUUAUCAGGCCAAUUUGACGCAAGUUAUAGAUCUGCUGGAGGGGGUCCGAGUCUCCAGGCUCCCCAUCCACUGUGAACGCAUCAUCGAGGUGCAGCACAAGGACUGGCUGGUGACCCUAGCCAUCAAGAAAGAUGGGAAUUCCUCUGCCAGAGUGGCGCCACACACACAAAAUGAUGACAAUGAAGAGGGGAAGGAAUGCCAGUCUCAGGAUGAGGAAAUGGAAAACUUGGCUGAGCCAGCCCAUGCCCCAUUUGGCACUCUCCCCUACAUAGCCCGACCUCAUCAUCAUCAGACUUCCCACACCGCUUUCUUGGUGAAACUGCGGAAAGUGGUACCCCAGUGACCUACCAAAGGCCUUGAUACCGGACAUUUUUGAGGAGUUCUAUACUGUAUUUGGGAAUUUCAUUUUC